UUUUAUAAUAAUUUAAAGAUUUUGAUAAUUUUUUCCGUUUACAAUAAUAAUUAACGUUUUUUCCUAACAAAAUGCAAGAUAGAUAACGAAGUAUUAGCGUAAUUUAUAGCAAUUCUAUAAUAAGUUUUAAGGUUACUUUUAUAACUUACAUGAUUUAAUUAUACAAAUUAUGUUGAAUAUAUAUAUUAGAAGAAAAUAAAAGAAGAUUAUUCUAUAGUAUUUGUGAUAAGUUAUUAAAAUAGCUGUAAAAGAAGAAAGAAGAAUUAUUCAAUGAAAUUAGGAGAUAUUAUGUUUACUACAGAGAAGGAUAUUCCUAACCUAAAUUAUAACUAUAAUAAUUUUCAUUUUUCAAUCAGUGAAAAAGAAAAUGAAUCUGAAUUUGAUAUAAAGUUAAAACAAGCAUGGGAAAAGGCUCAAAAGGAUGGAGUAUUUCGAUAUUUAUUAAAUAUUAGUAGUUGGCGGAUACUUGAAGGUCCGUAUAGACUGUUAGUUCAGCUUAAUCCUGAUAGAGCAUUUAAAAGACGAACACCAGAAAAUAUUACAACAAUGUUACAGCCAUUUGAUCCAACAAAAUUUAACUUUACUAGAUUAUCAAAAAGUGAAAUAAUGUUUAAGAUAGAAAAUGAAGAUGAUAGUGAUAUCAUAGCAGUUAAUGUUAGCCCUACUGAAUGGUGUCAUUCUUUACUAAUUAUAAAAUAUUUGCAAUGUCUUCCGCAGAGCAUUACGUGGUAUAGUCUUCAAAAAGCUAUUGAGAUAUUGUUGUUGAGCAGCUCACCGUACUUUAGGAUUGCAUUUAAUAGUUUAUGUGCUUUUGCUUCUGUCAAUCACUUACAUUGGCAUUUAUAUUACCUCAAGCACAAUAUGCUUCUUGAAUAUAUCGAAGUACAACCAUAUCAAGGUUCUUUGUUCCUCUUAGAAAAUUUUCCUAGCAAAGGAUUUUGCUUUAAAUUAUCAUCUUCAAAGAAAAUAGAAACUUUUGUAUCUUCAAUAUUUUCAUUAGUAAAUUACCUACAAAAGAAUCAGAUAGCACAUAAUGUAUAUGUUACAAGAGCAAAAACUAUAAAUUCAAAAGAAGUGUAUGAUGAUGUACGGGCAUACGUUUGGGCAAGAAAGUCACAUUUUGAUGUAAAAAAUACAACUUUGUUUAAUUCAGCUACAUGCGAACUCUUUGGACACAUAUUUAUUAAGACAGAAGAAGCAUAUCAAAAUUUGACAGAAUCAACAAUAGCAAAAAUAUUAGAGUCUGUAACGGAACAGCCUUAUUUAUUAAUUAAAAAAGAUUUACAUAAAAUAAUGUAAAAUCAAAUAACAAAGGACGGAAGAUAAUCUAUUAUUAUUUAUUAUAGUUUAUUA